AUGGUUGCUGCUCUCCACCUGCUCCGGUAUCUUAAGGGCACACUUGAUUUUGGUUUAUUUUACUCUAACAAUCUUGAUUUCUCUGUGAAGGCUUAUACUGAUAGUGAUUGGGCCUCUUUCCCUGACACUCGCAAAUCUGUCUCGGACUAUUGUAUUUUCUUGAGAGACAGUCUUGUUGGCUGGAAGUCCAAAAAGCACCAUGUGGUUUCUCUAUCAUCCGCUAAAGCUGAAUAUCGAGUUGUUCGUCAUGUGGUGGUUGAAUUAGUUUGGUUGUCUCAACUGUUACAUGAUCUAACAGUCCCUGUUUCUGUCUUUUGUAAUAACAUGGCAGCUCUUCAUAUUGCAAAGAACUCGGUGUUCCAUGAGCGUACAAAGCAUAUCGAAGUGGAUUGUCACUUCAUCAGAAACAAGUUAGCUGAGUGGUUCCUCUAG